UCUGGUCACACUGCGACUCUAACUCAAGUGAAAAUGCGAUUUCGCUGCUGAAAUUUUCGCGAAAAACGCCGGAAAAGAUAAGAAAACGCUGGAAAAACAUUACCAAAACAUGCACCACUAGUGUGGGCACCCAACACACACAAGCAAAGCACCGAAAACGUGCGAAGAUAGCGAGGAGCACCGCCCCAGCUAACAAACAUGGCGCCCACCCCCUUGCCUUUGCCCCUGCCCCUGGAGCAGAUGCCCGGCGUCGGCGGCGGCGGAGGCGGCUAUUUGCCCGCAGGACAGGAGGGCGGCCCGCGGAUCAACACAAUGUCGUUGUCGGUGCUGAUCGAUUUCAUCAUCCAGCGCACGUACCACGAACUCACCGUGCUGGCCGAGUUAUUGCCCCGCAAGACAGACAUGGAGCGCAAGGUGGAGAUCUACAACUAUGCGGCGCGCACCCGCCACCUGUUCACGCGCCUGAACGCCCUGGUUAAGUGGGGCAACUCGGUGUCCAAGGUGGACAAGUCGUCGCAGAUCAUGAGCUUCCUGGACAAGCAGAACAUGCUGUUCGUGGAGACGGCGGACAUGCUGGCGCGCAUGUCUCGCGAGACCCUGGUCCGCGCCCGUUUGCCCAACUUCCAUAUUCCGGCUGCCGUCGAGGUGUUGACUACUGGCACCUACAACCGGCUGCCCACCUGCAUCCGGGAGCGAAUUGUGCCUGCUGAUGCCAUUACCCCAGCGGAGAAGCGUCAGACGCUGCUGCGCCUGAACCAGGUGAUCCAGCAUCGUCUGGUGACGGGCAAACUGCUGCCCCAAAUGCGAGAGUUUCGCAUUAAAAACGGACGCGUCACCUUUGAGGUGAAGCACGAGUUCAGCGUGGCCCUCACGGUGAUGGGCGACAGCCCGACUGUGCCCUGGCGGCUGCUGGACAUCGAUGUGCUUGUGGAGGACAAGGAGACGGGCGAUGGCAAAUCGCUGGUGCAUCCGUUGCAGGUGAACUACAUCCACCAGCUGAUCCAGGCACGGCUCGUGGAGAACCCCAAUGCACUGAGUGAGGUUUACAACUGCCUGCACUACUUCUGCCAGUCCCUGCAGCUGGAGGUCUUGUACACGCAGACGCUGCGCCUCAACUACGAGCGAUUGGAUGACAACAACAUUACCCCGGAGGAGUAUAUACCAGGGGUAAAGCUCACCGUCUCUUAUUGGCGAGACUUAAAGUCGGAGCUGGGCUACCGCCUCACGGUGCAGUCCGAUCCCAGCGAAAUUGGGCGCCCUUUGGCCGUGGUCCACGUGCCGUCGUUGGGUGCCAAGGAGUCGGCCGAGGUGGCUGACCGGGCCGUGCGCUCCGAGCAUCUCUCCAUGGAGCGUCUCAUUGUGCACACAGUCUACAUACGAUCAGUGUCGCGCCUGAGCGACCUCAAGCUGGAGUUCCAGGCCUUCCUCAAGGACGUUGACUUUAACCUCCAAGGAACCCCCGCCAUCCUGACCGUUCCCGUGCUAACGCCCUGCCUGCGGGCAGAGCAGAUCCACAUCACUAUCGACACCCACACGGGCAUGUUCCGCUGCCAUGUGCCCAAGCAUCUGGACUGCCCGAUCACCGAGGAAAUGCAGGACUGCCUCAACGGAGAUCGGGGCAAACUGCCCGCCCUGCUCUCGGAGCUGCGCUUCUGGAUCACCCAUCGGCGGUGCGAAAAGACCCUGCAGCACCUGCCAGCCACAGCCACGGAGACGCUUCCCUUUCUGGCCCAGCCGGAACAGGAGCUGCUGCAGCAGGGCAGGCACAAGAUCUACGUUAAGCUGCACAGGCAUCCCAACAUCGUUCUGGUGGUUCAACUCAAAGAGAAGGCAACGAUGCCCAACGAAAUGGAGUACACCUUCCACUUGGGCUUCGUGGCCUACCAAAAGGACGAAGCGGACGUGAUUGACGACUCCGCCAAGCAGCUGGUGUCCGUGGUGGCCCAGCCGCCCUCUGACAUCCCCAAGUGCUACACCAAGCUGAUGCGGCUCAUCGAGUUUGAUACUUUCGUGGCCACGCAUGGACCUGGCACCGAAGUCGAUGCGGAGGUUUCCCCCCACAAACGCAAAUCAAACGGUGAUCUGCUGGCCCCUCCCGCCAAGCAGCAGAAGACCAUCUUCCCCGCCUACUUCAUUCCGGAGCUGGCCCAUGUGGUGGCCAUGUGCGACGAGAAGAUUCCCUUCAUGAACCUCGCCCAGACGCUGUCCAAGCACAACAUCCCCCACAGUGGCCUGCAGGUCGAGGCUAAUGCCACCUCCCUGGUGCUCAAGAUUCUGGCCUUGCCUCAGCCGGGCAAGACGGUCUUUGCCAGCAGCCAGACACAGCAGCAGCAACAGCAAGGCGGAGCAGCUGGACAGGGUGAAAUGAAGACGAGCGGAUCCUCGGGACUGCCCAAGAUCGAGCCGCAUGUCUGGGACGAUCUUAUGCGCCGCGUGCUCUCCAUUUCCGUGCGCUCGCAGACCAACAAGAACAGCCAGGUGCGCAUCUGGGUGGUGGAGUUCGUCUUCUACAGCACGCCCCUGCAGAGCAGCCAUCAGAAGGAGCAGGGCAGCCGGCGGACAGUCUACCUCACCUACGAGCAGGCCAACAGCGACUUCUCCAAGACGGUGGAGGAUCUGCUUAACGACUGGUCCAAGAUCGUCUACCUGUACACGCUGGUCCACGACUUUGCCGAGCAGCUGCGCAACAAACGCCUCUCGCUCUGCGACAUGCUGGUGGUCAAGUCGUACAGCUACAUGAACCUGCUGCUGGGCUACGGGCCCAAGAAGGAGGUCAGCUGCAACAUCUACUGGUCGGUGCAGUCGCACGGCUUCCGCCUGACCUUCGUGGGCGGUAUGUCGGCCGUCAAUGCGCACUCAAUGAUGCGGGACCAGCUGGCGCAACAUCUCAACCAGCAGCACAGCCUCACCCAGAUCGCCCAGAUCCUGCACGAGACCUACAGCCCGAUGAGCUCCAUAGCCAAGCUGCCAGUGCUUCCGUUCUUGGGCAUACCGCGCCCCCAGGUGCCCGUGCUGUCCUUCUGCAUGCUUGCCCAAUCCCCCUGCCUGAUGAGGCUCACCUACCAGGCCGUCUACUGCCUCGAGCUGCGCUUCCGGGCCAACAGGCUUGUCUCCAUCCGCGACGGAGCCAGCAGCCGCUUCGAGCGCAACGUGGUGGAGGAGUUUACGCCCAUCCAGGGCCUCAAGGCCUUCCUCUCCAAGUACGUGGACGAGUCGGCGGCGUACAGGGGACGGGCUCCCCACGAGGACGACAACCCACUGUCGCCGAUGGGCCUGGAGGAUAACUUCGGGGGUCCCAGCAGUGUGGCAGGUGUUAGCGCCGGCGGCUCCUCUCCGUUUCUGGGCACUGGCAUGCGCGGACCGCAGUCGCCGCGGGACAGUGGCCUGAGAUUCCCCGCGCCCCACACGCCGCCGUCCAGCUCCAAUCCGCACACGCCGGCCAGUCCGCAUCCGAGUGCGGGAGGUGCCGGCGGAGGAAGCGGAGCCCAGGGCCAUGGAAACUUUAACCUGACAUCUCCGCCAGCGCCGCACAUGCCGCAUCCGUCGCCCAGCGGCCUGAUGCCCUCGUCGCCGCUGAAUCCCCAGCCCAGCCCGCACAUGGUGCAUAGUCCUGGACCGAAUACCCUCUACAUGCAGAGCCAUCAGGACUCUCCCUUCACGGCUAUGUCGCCGGCAAAUAACAACUGGCCAGGAUCCCCCAGCAUGCCGCGCCCCUCUCCACGGCCCGGACAGAGUCCCGAGCACAAGGGUACUGGCGGUGGCGGCGGAGGAGCUGGAGGAGCAGCCGGUGUAGUGGACAGAGGCGUUGCCCGAGGCACCCUAAAUCGCCCCUGGGCCGGUGCUGUGCCCACGCUGCUGACCCACGAGGCCCUGGAGACGCUGUGCCGGCCAAGUCCGCAUCCCAACAAGGACAUCAACGUGCCUGACAUGAGUCCGCUGGAGCGAUUCCUGGGAUGCGUUUACAUGCGCAGGCAGCUGCACCGGAACAUCCAGAGCGAGGAGACGCUGACGGCGCUAAACAGCACGGAACCGGGCGUCGUGCUGUUCAAGGUGGACGGACUCCAGUGCCAGGUGGUGCUCAACCAGAUGCACAUGCAGACGCUGCACCUAAAGAUCUCGCAGCUGCCGCCGAUGCCCGACAAGCUGCCGCCGCCGUUCCAGCUCAGCCCGGACGACCUGCUUGUGAUCGAGCAGUACUUCGACACACGGGUGGCUGCGCCGCCCUACAGGCCCAAUUCGCUGCACAGCAUCUGCCGGCUGCUAAACCUGCCGGCCCAGGUGCUCAAGGACUUUGUGCAGAUCAUGCGCCUGGAGCUGAAGCCGGAGCUGGGCGGCGACCAGCUCAAAUGGACGGUGCAGAUGUGCAUGCGCAUGCCGCCCUCAGCCGUGCCCAUCGUGCCCUGCGGCAAUGCCUGCGUGGUCCUGGGACGCAUGAAGAUCCUGUUCUUCCUGCAGAUCACACGGAUCCCCUACGGCGCCGGCGUUGGCGUGGCCAAGGACUGGAAGGACAGCCCCUCGCUGGUGCUCCCCAUCGUCUACGACAUCCAAACGAACGUCACCCAGAUGGCGGAGCGCAACGGGCAGGUGAACUCGCCCACCAUGACCGCCGCCAGCACCCUGCUGCGUCGAUUUGCCGAAUUCAAUGCCCAGCAGAAUCAGUGCACGCUCUUCCCGGCCAUCUCUGAUCUGCUAACGAACCUCCAGCUGGCCACUGAGAUGCCCCAGCCGCCGCCCAACCAAUCCAUUGGACCACCAGUGGGUGUGGGCGUCGGAGUCGGAGUAGGUGUGGGUGUGGGCGUGGUGGGGUCAAGCCCCAACCCGAUGAUGCCCAUGCAGCAGCUCCAGCCGCAGCAGGUGGGUCCCCAGGGACCGGUGGGACCCGGUGUCUACCCGCAGAUGGGCCCCAAUCCGGGAGGUCCGCAGUGAUGAAGGCGCAAGCGCCGCGCCUCCUCGCAGCAGCCGUGAGCUGCGGCUGAGAGGCAAUCCGGAACGGCGAGCGAUUAUUUAUUCGUAAGGAGGUUGAGAGGAGCGUGGGGUGAGUUGACUUUUGAACGUGUCUCAAAGCCUGUACAAUGAGGAGCUUACCUUCGAGAGCGCAAUUUUUUUGGAACCCUUUUUGCAUGCUUACAAAAGCGAGUUACUCUAGGAUACUCAAAAAUAAUUAAGGAGAAAGUUGAUACAGAUUUCAAUCUUGCACUGAUCUGAGCAGACACAAUAAUAAACCGAAAUAAAGCCUGGUUUCUGUUAAAGAUCAGGUGCUACAUAUAUACAUUUUAUUGUGCCGUACUCCCUGAAAUAAUUACACAUCCACGAUUAGAGAUUGUUAAGUAAACAGUGCGGCAAAGUAAUAAAGAGACGUAACUUUAGAUUUAA